AUGGAAACCCCAUUACAGCUGCAGAACGAUUUCUUCCCAGAGCAGCAGCUCCAGCACUGUAAGUACCAGCACUACUGCGGACGCGAGGAUCGCCUCGGCAAGCAGCACGACCAAUGCUGCACCUGCAAUAAUUGCACCUGUGAUGCGAGAAGCCUCGUCUUUCGCGGGACGUCGCCGGCCACUGUGGGAACUUUAAGGACACCUUCGGAAACGUCUUCGAGGCAAGGCUGCCAGUACAGCGUCUGCGAAUUCACACCUUCUAGUCAUGGUAGUUCAUCCAGACAUCAUCAUCAUCAUCCUCACCAUCAGCAGCAGCAGCAGCAUUGCCGCGAUAGGCAGCGGGGCAGCCUGGGCAGCAGCCACAAAGACAGUAACUCCUACAAUGAAAUAGCCAUGAGCAGCUGCAGAUACAACGGCGGCGUAAUGCGGCCGCUGAGCAACUUGAGCUCGUCCCGCAGAAACAUACACGAGUUUGAUUCCGAGUCCCAGCCUUUGCAGCCCAUCUCCGCCGCAGAUGCGUCGGACACUUUAGUAUCCAAGCCGGAGAAUAAUUCAAGCACCCUGAUGCCUUACGCAUCGGGAGACGGAGGAGGCUGCAGCCACAGCGGGGCCAAAUCGGGUAAAAAGAAGAACCAGAACAUUGGGGAGAAGCUGGGGCACAGGAGGGCCUUGUUUGAGAAAAGGAAACGGCUCAGCGACUACGCUUUAAUCUUUGGGAUGUUUGGGAUCGUUGUUAUGGUUAUAGAGACUGAACUCUCAUGGGGAGCGUAUGGAAAGGAAUCCCUGUAUUCAUUAGCUCUAAAAUGCCUGAUAAGCCUUUCUACAAUCAUUCUCCUGGGGCUGAUUAUCAUCUACCAUGCAAAGGAGAUACAGCUAUUUAUGGUGGACAACGGAGCUGAUGACUGGAGGAUAGCCAUGACAUACGAGCGCAUCUUCUUCAUCUGCCUGGAGAUCCUGGUGUGCGCCAUACACCCCAUCCCAGGCAACUACACCUUCACCUGGACGGCACGUUUGGCCUACUCCUACGUGGCAUCCAAGACGGACGCAGAUGUGGACAUCAUCCUGUCCAUCCCCAUGUUCCUGCGGCUGUACCUCAUCGCUCGCGUCAUGCUGCUGCACAGCAAGCUCUUCACCGAUGCCUCAUCCCGCAGCAUCGGUGCACUCAACAAGAUUAACUUUAACACGCGAUUUGUGAUGAAGACUCUCAUGACCAUCUGUCCCGGCACUGUGCUGCUGGUCUUCACCAUCUCGCUAUGGAUAAUUGCUGCAUGGACAGUGAGAGCCUGCGAGAGGUACCAUGAUAACCAGGACAUAACCAGCAACUUUCUUGGAGCCAUGUGGUUGAUCUCAAUCACGUUUCUUACCAUUGGUUAUGGAGAUAUGGUCCCACAUACGUACUGUGGGAAAGGAGUCUGCCUCCUGACUGGCAUUAUGGGCGCUGGCUGCACUGCCUUGGUGGUGGCUGUGGUGGCGAAGAAACUGGAAUUAACCAAAGCUGAAAAACAUGUUCACAAUUUUAUGAUGGACACCCAGCUAACAAAAGAGUAAGUGAAAAACACAGCUAUGAACGUUCUCAGGGAGACGUGGCUCAUCUACAAGAACACUAAACUGGUGAGGAAGAUGGACCACGCCAGAGUCAGGAAGCACCAGAGAAAAUUUCUCCAAGCCAUUCAUCAAGCUCGAAAAUUGAGAAGUGUUAAAAUGGAGCAACAUAAGCUGAAUGACCAAGCAAACUCACUAGUGGACCUUGCUAAGACUCAGAACAUCAUGUAUGACAUGGUAUCAGACCUGAAUGAGAGAGGGGAGGACAUGGAGAAAAGGAUUGCCCUGCUGGAGACGAAGCUGGAGACUCUACUGAGUAACUUGCAAGCUUUGCCCGGACUCAUCAGCCAGGUCAUCAGCCAGCAGCACAGGGACUUCCUGGAGGUGCAGCUCCAGCCUUAUGACAAACACAGCCCUGAGCGCUCACAGUCAGUGUCCCGACGGAGGUCGUCCUCCACGGCACCGCCCACCUCCUCGGAGAGCAGCUAGAGUCCAGGGGGAACGCCUCCACUGGAGACUUUUGCCAUCAUAUGGCCAAGUUGCAUUUAUCGUAAAGCCUUAUGGUUUCAAUAAGUAUUAUCCAAAUUCUGAUGACAGAAUCCAAGAUACUGGGGACAAUACAUUUUAAUGGAUAACUUCAUGCUGUUAUUUAUUUUUUAUUACCUCAAAAGAUGUUGUUAUCCUUGCUCUGGUGACAUAAAAAUAAUGGCGCUUCCCUCAGUAACAACUAAAAGGCCUAUCGAUGGGGCUAUGAUAAGAACUCUUCUCCAUCU